AUGUCGAUGAGAGAGGAUGCUUUACUUGCGAAGGGUGUGGCGGAUCGCCGUCCGUCGGGGCCAGCUCAGGCGACUGAGUUGAUCCCGGUGGUGGCCCCAUCCGGCCCCCCACUUAUGACGAACCGGCUUUCGACAACUGACGCUGACGGGUUUGACUCAUCGGAUUUUGACGCGCACCCUCGUGAUCGAGUGUUCAUUCUCAUGAACAAACUCGCCCACGGGGGCCCCUACCCUGGUGGAGAGGACGACGAGGCGGCUAUUCUCGCCUUCUGCAACAUUCAGAAGGCUGCCGCUCUACCGCACACGAGGCAGCAUGUGUCGGGUGUGCCACCGAGAGCCCCGCCGGUCGCAUCGCACGAUUUUGCGGUCCCGGCGGUGGCGGCCUCGGCGGGAGUUGCGCCGCUGGCCUCGACCACUGAAGAGGUCGAUGUGCCCCCGGUUGCCCCCCUGGCCCCGGAGACACGAGAAGAGCCCGUGGCUGCGCUAGCUGCAGCUACCGAGAUGGAGGACAUGGACCUGCCCGACGCAAAUCUGGCUGAGGCGAUUGCCGAGUCGGAGCGCCGUGACACCGACCUUGACGCUCCCCGCGUGCCCAGAAAGCGCCGGGCUGUGACGCAUGACGACUCUGACACUCCCUCUCAGACAUCUGAAGGAGCGAGGCCGCGGAAGAAGGCCACCAGGGCCUCCCGCACCUCCACCACCGAGUCUGGGCUGACUCUCGCGGGCUCCUCCCGGAGCACCGCCGCGCAGAAAUCGACGAAGACCACGCGGCGGCCCACUCGUUCACCUGCUGCUUCCCGACAGCCGGACGAGGAUGGUUUUGUCGCCCCGCCCCGGCGGCACACUGCCAGGGCCGCUGCGCUGCAGCUACCGACCCCGCUGCCGACCGCCAACACGUUUGCGGGCGUCAGCGACGAUGCGAUGGAGGAUGGCGCCGCGCCUCCGGCGCCGGCCCAAAAGAAGCCGCCGCCUAUAGUCAUCCAGUGGGCUGGCGAAUACAAGGAGUUCCAGCAAAAACUGGACAGGGUGGCCACGUCCGCCACUGUCAAGAACGCUGGCCGUGACCUUUACAAGGUCACAGUGUCGACCAACGAGGAGUACCGCGCGGUGACGGACGCCAUCUGCAAAGAUGGCCUCCCCUUUGCUGCCGCCACCAAGGGAGGACCAGCUUCCGCCACCCGAAGUUCGGCGCAGGUGGAGCGUGAGACGCGGCCACCGACCGCGCCGUCCACGGCUUCGCCCGUGGGGGUGGCAGCCCCCGCGCCCACGCAGGGCGCGCGGGCUGCCGCCCCGCGCAGGCGUCGCCGGCGUGCGGGCCGGGCCACCCCUGCCACUGCACGACGGACUGUCGAAGACACUCUGCCGCCGCAGAGGACGACGCCUCGUGCUGCGCCGCGACCGGCUGCCGAUGCUCCGCGGCAGUCGCCUAGUACGGAGCGGCCGCCACCGGCCGCCCCAGUGGCGGAGGCCGCCCCAGCGGCCCCCACCGCCCCCAUGAGUGACCGGUGGAAAGAUGGUGUCAGUAUGACGGCGAAGGAGCUGACGGACCCGGCGAUGGACGCGGGUCUCGUGGGCGUCAGCUUCGUCGUCGUCGACCUCGUUUAG